AUGAAAUCGGCAUUUGACACCACAUCGAUAUCAAUUUUUGAUUAUUUUGUUGUUGGAUUCAGCAUUAUUCUUUCUGUUGCUACUGGAAUCUAUCACGCUUUCAGAAGUCGGAAAUUAGUACGUUCUAAACUUUUAAAAGGAUCACAAAAAGAUGAUUAUAUGUUAGGAGGACGACAGUUGCCACCGCUGCCCGUUGCUCUUAGCCUUUUAACAACAUUUCUGUCUGGAAUUUUGAUGCUUGGAGUUCCAACAGAAAUGUUUCAGCGAGGAGCUCAUAUAUGGCUUAAUUUCGUGAUUGGUGGGUUAUCUUUAGUUAUCAGUGCUUGGAUCUUCUUGCCAAUAUUUUACAAGUUAAAUGCAACGUGUUUGCACGAAUAUUUUGAAUGCAGGUUUCACUCACGGCUAAUGCGCCAAACAUUUUCUUUGCUUUUCUUAACGCUGAACUUAACAUACAUUGCCGUUGUCAUUUAUGCUCCAUCUGUAGCACUGUCACCAGUUUUGGGUAUCAACAAAUAUAUUUUGAUUUUGAUUUUAGGUACUACGACUACACUGUAUACUACAAUUGGAGGUAUAAAAGCUGUAGUUUGGACGGAUUCCUUGCAGGCUGUAAUGAUGUAUGGUGGCGUUUUAGCAGUAAUUUUCAAUGGAUUAAUUCAUCCCAGAGUUGGAGGUUUCAAACGUGUUUGGAAUAUUGCAGAAUCUACAGGUCGAAUUAAUGAUCUGUGGCGAAUGGAUAUUUCUCCAGCCCAGUACAACAGUUUCUGGAUAAACGUCUUCAGCGGUACUGUGACUUGGUUGGCAACCUUUGGAGUUAAUCAGCUGGCAGUACAGCGGUACUGCUCGCUUCCAGCUAUCGAUGAUGCCAGACGUAUUAUAUAUUGGACAAUUAUCCCGUUUAUCUGUCUUUGUAGCGUUGUUUCAUUUAUCGGAUUCUUAGCUUUAGCAUACUUUUACAACUGUAACCCAUUUGAGACUGGCGAAAUUACGGAUACUGACCAUCUAACCAUUCUUUUCGCCUAUGAAGUUUUAUCAUCAACACCAGGCUUGUUUGGCCUUUAUGUUUCAUGCAUUAUGUCUGCAACUCUUAGUACACUGUCAUCGGGGAUGAACAGCAUGGCUGCAGCAACUUAUGAGGAUUUUCUAAGAUAUCGUUUUGAAAGACGCCUUGAUGAUACGAAAACAACAUUUAUCAAUAAGAUGUUUGUUCUACUAUUUGGUGUCUUCUCGACGGCACUUGCGUUCGCUGCAGAACCACUCGGUGGAAUCUUAAGGGUAUGCAUUAGCGUUUUUGGCGCACUCUCAGGCCCCUUUGUUGGCAUUUUUGUUUUGGCAAUGUUUUGGCCUAAAGCUGGAUUCAAGUCAACAUUUUUCUCAUUCAUUGCUUCAAAUAUUAUUAUGGUCAUCAUCUGUUGCCUUAAUUAUUUUGAAGAUCCAUACAGAGAUCUUUUCUUCUCGACUAAUACAACGCUUGAAGGCUGUAAAAAUGAGAAUUUCACGGAAAGGCAACAUCCUCCUUACGAUGCACAGUACGGGCUUCCCAAUACCAGCUAUCUUUCCAGGUCUUUGAAAUUUUUGUACUUCAUAUUUCGAAUUACUGCUCAAGAAGUUGUUUUUUUUUUUAGAAUCUCUACGUACUCAUAUUCUGGAAUCGGUAUGAUUAUUAUGUUGGUAAUUGGUGUACCAUUAAGUUACAUUUUUGACGAAAAAACCUCUGUUGAUAUUGCACCGUUGACAUAUUUUGGACGACAGUAUGUUUUUAGAAACCGAUGUAUUUUGAAAUUUGAAAGAAUCUUCUCUUCUUUUUUUUGUCACAGUUGUUCAUACAUUAAAUUCUUAAUAAUUACUUAA